AUGAACCAUACCCGUGGUCUCAUGUCUACCGCGCAGGCCUUGCGCCAGACCUUCCUCGCACCUCUCCAAGCCCCCCGAAUCGCUUUCGUACGUUCCAGCCCUUUCCGAAAUGACCACCCAUUUCAAAAGGGACUACAAACGAGGUCUCUGCAGCAUGCUCGCCGCCUUGCCUUUGGGGACUACAACAAGUGGCCGUCCAAUGAAGCUAUUGGAGGUCCGUACGUGCAGUUGGUAAACAAGGAUAACGACCUCGAUCCUCCUGUGAGACUAUCCCAGGUAUUGGCUUCAUUUGACCACCGGGAGUGGUUUCUCCAACAAGUGAGCGAGGGAGCGCCCGACAUGCCACCUGUCUGCAAGAUUUUGAACAAGAAGGAGACGAAGGUUAAGGAGAAGGCCAAGGCGAAAGCUGCGAAAGCAACCAAAAUUCAAACCAAGAAACUGGAGCUGAAUUGGGCUAUUGAUGCCCAUGACCUCAAACACCGCCUGAGCCAGCUGACCACUUUCCUGGAGAAGGGUGCAAAGGGUGGAACUCGUCUUGACCAAGAAGAAGGGCAAGCGUGCAGCGACAGUGGAUGA